AUGGCUGCUCAUAAGGUUGUUGCUUUGCUUGCUUUAUGUUGCGUUCUAUCAGUUGAAGCUCAGGUAAGUAAUACUUCUUAUGUUUCUCGUUGUAUCAGUAUAUCCGUUACAGAAGAAAACUGUAGAUAACAACUAAGCACUGUAGAUAAGCUUUAUUUUUAGCAUUUUUAUUAUGUAUUUAAUGAAUUUCAAAUAGUUUUCUGCUUUUAACUAAAAAAAUUGCUUGAUAGGGUGUCCAGAAUUAUUUGAACGUCUUUUUAAAGUUUUAAGUAAUCAAAAACUAUGCUGUAACCACUUUUAUUCCAGUACUACUACUACGGUGGCUACCCAGCCUACUACUAUGGUAAGCGUUCUGCUGAAGAAAAAUCAGUUGAAGCCGAUCCUGUAAAACAUCAAAACGUUCGUGCUGCUGAUCCUUUAAGUUCCACAGAAUCUUUGGAAAAAGAAAUUAUAUCAGAUGGUAUAGAAAAACGUUCGGCUGAAAAUAAAGAACAAACUGAUGCUCACAAAGAAGAAAGCGAAGAAGCUGAACGAAAAGUAGAAGAGGAGGCACAAGAAGAUCAUGAAGCUACAGGAAAAGUUAAACGUGAGGAACAGCAUGAAGAAGUUUCUGUUGGAAAGGAAGAUGUGAAAGAAAGAGUUAAGCGUGAAUCAGAAGACAAAGAAGAUGGUGAGAAAGAAGAAGACGAUAAGAAAGAAGAAGAAGUUAAAGAAAAAGUUAAGCGUGAGUCAGAAGAUAAAGAAGAAGGUAAAAAGGAAGAAGAAAAAACAGAACAAAGAGAAGAACAAAAAGACCAUAAACCUAAACAAAAAGAAAGAGAACAUGGGCCAGAACACAAAAUGCCACCUCAAGUGAGAGCCGUUGAAGGCAUACCAGAAUUCAAAGGACCAUUAGAAAUGCCAGAGUCUCUUCCACACCGUGUUGGUCCAAAUCCAGAUGAAGAAAGAAUGCACCAUAUGCAGCCGAUCCCACCUCUCAGAUUCAUGACCUAUGCUAGAGAUAGGGUACCAUACGCUCCCGUUCCUUACAAUUACAAUGAGAGACUCAAUUAUUAA